AACUCAUGCUCUUUACAUUUUGGGUUCUUAAAACCCUAGCGUCCUCCGUUUCUCUCCACCGUUCCCCUUGUGUCUCUCUCUCGUCUCUUUGUUCUACGUUGGCGGUGGAAGCUAACAUGCCGAAGGUCUCGGCGCUGGAUAUGCCGGACGUGCCCAUGGGGCAGCUCCCGGAGCACCUACAGCUUCAGCGGACCCGCGUCGUUUGCAAGGCCGACGCCCCCAUCCAUACAGAGGCUAUUCAAUACUCUGGGGCUUAUGCGUCGAUGGGGGUUGACAAUAGCUUGCAGCUGGAAAGUUUCUGCAACAAUUUUAAAAUUGAAGUUAUCCGGCUUACCGAGGAUGAGAUUGAGUUUGAUAUGAUUGGUAUUGAUGCUUCAUUGGCUAAUGCAUUCAGAAGAAUUCUUAUUGCUGAGGUUCCUACAAUGGCUAUUGAGAAAGUUCUCAUGGUUAACAAUACAUCAGUUAUAGCAGAUGAGGUGCUAGCUCAUAGGCUGGGCCUUAUUCCUCUCAAUGCUGACCCAAGUCUAUUUGAGUAUCUCUCAGAAAAUGACUCUCCAAAUGAGCGCAAUACAAUAGUCUAUAAGCUGGAUGUGUCAUGUAAAAAAGGUGGUCCACGUAUGACAGUGAAGUCAGAUCAGUUGAAAUGGUUGCCAAGUGGAAGUGAGCUUGAAAUGACACCCCCUAAUCAAUCUGCAAAACCAAAAAGUUAUACUUCAUUCAGUUGUAGUCAAGAUUCCAUGCCAGAAUUUUCCAAGAAACCUCUGGGCGUGAAGCAUGAAGAUAUUAUUAUUGCUAAACUUGGGCCAGGACAGGCAAUUGAGCUUGAAGCACAUGCUGUGAAAGGCAUUGGCAAAGUCCACGCAAAGUGGUCUCCUGUUUCUACAGCAUGGUACAGGAUGCUUCCAGAGGUUGUACUAUUGAAAGACAUAAAGGGUGAUGAUGCAGAAAAGCUUGUAAAGAAAUGUCCAGUUAAUGUCUUUGAUAUUGAGGACCUUGGAAAUGGCGAGAAGAAAGCAGUGGUAUCCAAGCCCCGAGCCUGUACACUUUGCAGAGAAUGCAUUCGUGGGGUGAAUGAGGAACUUGUGGAACUAAGGCGUGUUAAAGAUCACUUCAUCUUUACUAUCGAAUCAGCCGGUGCUUUACCUCCAGAAGUUCUUUUUACUGAAGCUGUGAAAAUCUUGGAAGAUAAGUGCGACCGAGUGAUAUCUGAUCUUUCUUGACACUUGUUACUUGUCCAUGCUAGGUAGCCCAUGUAACAGUGUUCCUAGUCUUCACUUCCCUGGGAACUCUCAUGGACGAAGUACUAUGAAUAUAAUAGCAAUAUAAUUGUCUACGAAUGAGAACAUUCUCUCUUUUAUUUUUAA